AUAACAUUCCAUUAGCUAGAGAUAAGGCAUGUCUGAUAACGACUUUAUGUGUGAUAGUGACGAGGACUAUGAUUUAGAGUACAGUGACGAUGAAGAAGAAGACGAAGAAGACUCCACGUUAGAAAACCAGUACUAUAACAGUAAAGCAACAAAGGAAGAGUCCCUCAAAGACGCGCUUGCUGGUUUUGCCAAAGUUAUCACACUGCAAAGUGAAAAGGGAGAAUGGGGCUUUAAAGCGCUGAAACAGAUGUUGAAGAUUAACUUUAAGCUUGGCAAUUACGAUGAUAUGAUGGUGCACUAUCGAGAACUGUUAACGUACAUAAAAUCGGCUGUAACCAGAAAUCACAGUGAAAAGAGUAUAAACUCAAUACUUGACUAUGUUUCUGUCAGUAAGAAUAUGGUUCUACUGCAAGAGUUAUACGAAACCACACUGACAGCUCUACAAGAGGCUAAAAACGAGCGUCUCUGGUUUAAAACCAAUACCAAACUAGGAAAACUGUACUUUGACUUGGGUGAAUAUGGACAGUUACAGAGGGUGAUAAAGCAGCUGCAUGCUGCUUGCAAGAAUCAGGAUGGAUCUGAUGAUCAAAAGAAAGGGACGCAGUUACUAGAGAUAUACGCACUGGAGAUACAGAUGUUCACGGAGCAGAAGAACAACAAGAAAUUAAAGGUUCUGUACGAACAAAGUCUGCAAGUCAAGUCCGCUAUUCCUCACCCGCUCAUUAUGGGAGUUAUCAGGGAGUGCGGAGGAAAGAUGCACCUGCGGGAUGCCCAAUACCAGAAAGCUCACACAGACUUCUUUGAAGCGUUCAAGAAUUACGAUGAGUCUGGUAGCCCGCGGAGGACAGCGUGUCUCAAGUACCUGGUACUUGCGAGCAUGCUCAUGAAGUCCAACAUCAACCCCUUCGACUCCCAGGAGGCAAAGCCGUAUAAGAAUGACAAGGAAAUAAUAGCCAUGACAAACCUGGUAAAUGCGUACCAGAGCAGCGACAUCGAGCAGUUUCAGGCGAUUAUAAAGGAGCACCACAGUAGCGUUAUGGGGGACACCUUCAUCAGGGAGCACAUUGAGGACCUCCUUAAAAACAUCAGAACAGAGGUGCUGGUUAAGGUUAUAAAACCAUACACCCGAUUAAAGAUUGAGUUUGUGGCGAACGUACUCGGGGUUUCAAAUGAAGAGGUGGAACAACUACUGAUUGGGUGCAUACUGGACGGGGCAGUGAAAGGCAAGAUAGACCAGCUCAGUAACACCUUAGUUCUUGACAAAGAACAGGAAUCUCACCAACUCAGGAUGUCUGGCUUGUCCGCAUGGACUAAACAGAUAAACGAACUGAGCGAGAAGUUAAAUGUGACCGCCGGAGGAGGACCUGGUAUGCGGUGAAGGGUGUUAAAUGCCACGUCACUUUGAAUGAGUAUGACGGUAUCUGGGUUGGAAUUUGGUCAGUGACCCGAGCUGAGGGCUAGUGGCUUGCAAUCAAUAUGGAUGAGAUAACUCGUGGACUGGGCCACAAAUCAACAAAAAGACGUUCAAAUUAAUGAAAAGUCCUCCGGGAAAGUAGGAUGAGGGAAUUUAUUGCUUUUUACCUUUUCUACAGAAAAAAGGAUGCAAUUUUGCCAGUCUUUGGAGAUCAAUUAUUAAGUUUUAAACCAUUAAAUCUAUAUUUGAUAGUAUUUAAACGCUGUUGAUUGUUAUUUCAUACCUUGAUUAUAAUAGUUUGACAUCUUGUUA